AUGGCCCUGGAGGCUCCGAGCACCCCGGCGGGGCCGACCUCAGUGGCUCUUCUCUUUCCAGGGCAGGGGUCGCAGUACGUGAAGAUGCUGGACGGGCUCAAGGAGGACGUAAAGGUCAAGGAGAUGAUCGCCACGGCUCGGUCAGUGCUUGGCUUCGAUAUCCUCGAGGUGUGCCUGAACGGGCCCGAGGAGAAGCUAGAGGAGACUAGCGUGUGCCAGCCGGCCAUGUUCCUGGCAGGCAUGGCAGGCCUCGAGAAGCUCCGCAAGACGCACGCAGAGGCUGUUGAGCGGCCCGGUGCGGUGGCAGGCCUCUCCCUUGGUGAGUACACGGCGCUCUGUGCUGCGGGGGUCUUCAGCUUCGAAGAAGGGAUGGAGCUCGUGAAGAUCCGCGGUGCGGCCAUGGCCGAAGCGGCGAAAAGCCGGCCGCAGGCGAUGCUCUCGGUAGCCGGGCUGGAGCAGGGUAAGCUGGAAGAGCUCUGCAAGAAGGAGUCGCAAGGUCUGCCAAAUUGCGAAUGUGCUCUUCCCGAAGGGCUUCUCGUGCGCGCGGCGCCGGGAGAGGGAGCUGAGAUCGCUUUGUAA